CCUCAUUUCUUGCUGCCCUAGCCCUUGAAUGAAAGUAUCUUCACGACUCGAAUUCAUUGUGACUGCCAAGGGUUAUUUAAACUACAGAUUGUUUCCGGGAGAUAAAUCCUCGCUGGGGGAUACCAUCUCGAAGGGGAUUUGGCGACCGCUCAGAGUUGAUAAACCCAUCACGCACGAGGCAGAAACCCAGUAUUGCUCAACUCCAUCGUCAAUAAAUGACUCAAGCCAUGUUUGGGUGUAGGCUAUCUCUUCAUGGCCCAUUGAGUUCUCUGCUGAAGGGUCCGUUUCUCAAAUCUGGAGUAUUUUCGGCAUCUCGCAUCCCAGCUACAAUGGAUGAUCGAUGGUCAUCCAGAAACUAUAGUGUAACGUGUAACAAUUCUGAAAACCAUGGGUUCACAGUCCAAGUUGAAGGCCCACACGAAUGUGAAAGCAGUGACCAUCAAGAGCAGCUCCUGAGGCAAUUGAAAGACAUCCCUCAGGACACCCAUUGCCUGCGUAUAACCGAGGACACGCCUUCACACAUCGAGUGGAGCCUGCUUAGCAAACAUUUCAGAAAUAUCCAGGACCUUGAGCUGCAUACUGGUUUCAAUGAGGAACUCACUGACGACGGUAUACCGGCACACUGGCCAUUGAAACGGCUUUUCAUCAGUGACGCUUGUGCGGAAGUGUUUUGCAGCCCCUUCGUACUCGAAGGCAAGGUAGAGUCUCUCGUGCUAUUAGGAACAUCUGGGCUGCGGUUUGAAGGGCCGACUAGCAAGGAAUUAUAUCGUACACACCAGGAGGCCAUUUCCCGGGGAGAAAAAAAUCCGAGAUAUAUAACUGUCGAGGGAGGAACACCGGAGGAGAGAAAAAUAGAGAUAAUAUGGCUACCGGAUCUCGUGAUGGAUGAAAUGAACAAGAGGUAUGCGGGGGCGAGAGCAACACAACUGCGGAUAAGCCCAGGAAACCAAAACCUACCGUCCUUACCAAAAGAAGUACAAUCGAACAUCGCCAAGCUGGAAAUUAUUGAGAAUGACGCCAUUGAUACAUUCAACCGGAUGACUAUGGCCCUUCCACAUGUCGUGGGAAAGCUUGCGACCCUUAACAUUCGCUCUACCCACGCCUUGGACUUCCAUUCUACGACUGAAAAACUUUUUAUAUCAACUCUUCCACAGCUCUUAGAAUUGCAAACCUUAGUCCUAUCGGUUGGCGAGAUUUUUGAGGACGAAGACAUCCUUCCAAAUCUCUAUGCAUCGAUUCCCUCUAGUAUCACGACAUUGCGAUUCCGAGGUCCCGCGUCUCUGGUCAAAUCCAACCAGUGGGACGCCUGGAUGGAAUCCUUUGCGUCUCCACAAUUUCUGCCAAAGUUGAAACGGCUUAGUUUUGUGCUUGAUCUACAUUAUGAAGUUCCGGGUGCAACAUCCCUCCAAAAAAAACCUGCCAGGGCACCAAAUGACUGGCUUGACAACGCCCAAAAUGCAUGCGAUCAGCUGUACCAGGCUGUCACAAAGCGUGGAGUUGCUGUCGAGCAUUUUCAAGAUAAAUGGUGUGAUCGCUGGUCGUCUCUCAAACAGGUCGAUGAUCGAUGGACGCGGCAUGGAUGAUUUUUUAGCCUUGUAGCAGUAGGGCUCCCUGUAUGUUAGAGAAUCUCAACUCACGUAUCUUUGCUAGCGA